UUGUGUGGUUAUAAUACUAACUGUCAAAGUAUAACCAAAAUAUUUACAUUUAUUUCUUACAUUUGUUUAUCUUCCGUGAUUGUUUUCGAGUACAAAAAAUGGCUAAAAUGAAUUCUACGAACUUGUACGUGACAACAACGCAAAUAAUACUGAGAUGUGAUGCGGCCAAUUCAAGUUCUUGGCAAGAUUUAUACAGAUUAGUACCUUACUUGAGAAACUCUCUUACCUGCGUCGUUUGCGGUAAUCUCCUCGUAGAUCCUUUAAGUCCAACACCUGGUAGAUGCCAACAUCAUCUCUGUCGAAAAUGUCAAGGUGGUAGAAAAAGAAUAAAACCAGCAUGCUCAUGGUGUAAAGACUGUGAUGAUUAUAGCGAUAACAGGCAGCUAAGGACACUGCUGCAGUGUUACAAGAAAAUGUGCCUGCGAUUGCUUGCAUCUGAUAUUUAUAAAUGCUUGGAAUUGGCUGCUAAUAGUCACACACAAUCAGGCGUUGAAAGAGGCGCCAGCAACCUAAUGUUUCUAAUAAAAGAAGGCGCCUCAUUUCAAGAUGAGUAUCGUUGCAAUGUUGGCCUAUCAAAAUCAGAAAUUAAUAUCCUACCUUGUAUAUACACCAAUUCAUCUACACAAACUCUACAACCCACAGGGAAUGAUAACACCAAGAACAUGUUCAACACCAAUAAUAGACCACCUUUAUAUUCCGUCUUGUACACUGGUAUGGGUAGUAAAAUUACAAUUAAGAGGAAAGGUAAAGAUGCACCAGACAAACCUAAACCAAUUACUUCUGCACCAAAACGUGAUAAUAAUAUUGAAAAGGGUAUAUUUAAAAAACCCCCUGUUAAAGUAAUAACAAAACAACGAAGAGGUUGCCGCUGUGGCAAUGCAACAGCAACACCUGGUAAAUUAACAUGUUGUGGGCAAAGAUGUCCUUGUUACGUUGAAAGUAAAGCAUGUAUGGAUUGUAAAUGUCGAGGGUGUCGAAAUCCACACACCCCCGAUGGAAAUAAAGUAAUUAACCUGCCACAUAUAUUAAAGCAAUUUCAAGACGUAACACAACCUCAGGAACAGCCACAAGCGUAUCAAGUUCAACCAAGGCCUGUUUAUCAAUUACCGAAACCAAAACAAGAUGUACCAAUGCUUCAAACAGUCAAAAUUGAACUUGAUGCUAAUUUGACAAUUGAACAAUUAAAUGAACACCUCAAAUUAAAUGUGUUGGACCCAUACACGGAAGUACCUUCGUCGCUACCUCAUACAUUUUUAAUGAACGACUUGGAUAUAAAAAAAGAAGAUGACGAGAUAAUGGUAGACGUUUGACUAAAAGACAGUAGGUCGCUAACGCUAAUAGUAAUAAUAAUAAUAUGCCUUAAAAAAGAAUGCAUUUAUUAUGAAAAUUGCAUACGACAUGAUGUGAUUUAUUUUUAAAUAGUUUUUACACACGAUCCCGGUCGAAUCGUAACCUGAAACCGUUUUUUUACUGAGAGUCUACGACCUCCAGACCAUCAAAUCAGCAUGCAACCCUCGGGUGGUUCUUAUUUAAAAUUAUUACGAAACGAAAAUCUUCAUAAUAUAACAUCAAGUGCUUCCAAUUAAUGUUCUACUUAUUUUAUUACUUUUUUUUAAUUAAUUAUUAAUUUAAUUAAUAAAGGAAGGACCUCCCUGAGACGACGUUAUUUAUACAUUGUAUUGUAUUUUACAAUCAACUCAAAAAUAUGAAUUGUUUAUAAAUA